GCACUAAAAUUUCCCAAAACGCGUUGCCUCGCCGUCGCUUGUGACGUGUUGUUUUUUUGUAAAAUAUGUUUUUCAGCUGCUAAAACGGACAUAGAUUGUUGAAAAUCCACUGAAACUAACUCAGAAGGACGGGCUAAAGACGGACUAUAUAAUGCUGACCCUGCGGGAGCGCCAAAUCAAUGCCAUUAAGCAGAUGCUUAAUUUGAACUCGCAGCAGCCGAAAGCCCUAGCUGCCGAGCCCGUGUGGAAGAUCCUUAUCUACGAUCGCGUUGGCCAGGACAUCAUAUCGCCCAUUAUUUCCAUCAAGGAGCUGCGCGAGUUGGGCGUGACGCUGCAUGUGCAACUGCACUCGGAUCGCGACUCCAUUCCGGAUGUGCCGGCUAUAUACUUCUGCCUGCCCACCGACGAGAAUUUGGACAGGAUUCAGCAGGACUUCUCGAGCGGACUGUACGACGUGUACCACCUGAACUUCCUAGCUCCCAUAACGCGCAGCAAAAUCGAGAAUCUGGCCGCCGCAGCCCUGCAUGCCGGCUGCGUGGCCAACAUCCAUCGCGUUUACGACCAGUAUGUGAACUUCAUCAGUCUGGAGGAUGACUUCUUCAUCCUAAAGCACCAGCAGAGCGAUCAGCUUUCAUACUACGCCAUCAACCGGGCCAACACCCGCGAUGAAGAGAUGGAGGCCCUGAUGGACUCCAUUGUAGACUCGCUCUUCGCCCUGUUUGUGACCCUGGGCAAUGUGCCCAUCAUCCGCUGUCCGCGGAACAGUGCCGCUGAAAUGGUGGCACGCAAGCUGGAGAAGAAGCUGCGCGAGAACCUUUGGGAUGCGCGUGCCAAUUUGUUCCACAUGGAUGCCACGCAAGCCGGCGGCGGAGUGUUCAGCUUUCAGAGACCUGUGCUCCUGCUGCUGGACAGGAACAUGGAUUUAGCCACGCCGCUCCAUCACACCUGGUCGUAUCAGGCGCUUGUGCACGAUGUACUGGACUUGGGACUGAAUCUUGUCUACGUGGAGGACGAGACGGCUAGUGCGGGAGCCCGCAAAAAACCCAAGGCCUGUGACUUGGACCGCAACGACCGCUUCUGGAUGACGCACAAGGGCAGUCCAUUUCCCACGGUGGCCGAAGCCAUCCAGGAGGAGCUGGAAUCCUAUCGGAACUCCGAGGAGGAGAUCAAGCGCUUGAAGACAUCGAUGGGUAUCGAGGGCGAGUCGGACAUUGCAUUCUCUUUGGUCAAUGACACAACGGCCAGGCUCACCAAUGCCGUCAAUUCGCUGCCCCAACUGAUGGAGAAGAAGCGACUGAUCGACAUGCACACCAAGAUCGCCACUGCAAUCCUGAACUUCAUUAAGGCUCGACGACUGGAUUCGUUUUUUGAGAUCGAGGAGAAGGUCAUGUCGAAGCAGACACUGGACAGACCGCUGCUGGACCUACUGCGAGAUGGAGAGUUUGGUCAGGCGGAGGACAAGCUGCGCCUGUAUAUCAUCUACUUUAUCUGCGCCCAGCAGUUACCCGAAUCGGAGCAGGAGCGGCUCAAGGAGGCGCUGCAGGCUGCCGGUUGUGACCUAACUGCCCUUGCGUACGUGCAACGAUGGAAGGGAAUCAUGAACCGCUCGCCGAGCAUUAGCCAAGCCACACAGUACGAGGGUGGCGGCACCAAGACUGUGUCCAUGUUCACUAAACUCGUCUCACAGGGCAGCUCCUUCGUGAUGGAGGGCGUCAAGAAUCUGGUGGUCAAGCGACAUAAUCUUCCGGUGACCAAGAUCACCGAGCAGGUGAUGGAGUGCCGCAGCAAUGCGGAGACGGAUGACUACCUUUAUCUGGAUCCAAAGCUGCUCAAAGGUGGCGAGGUCCUGCCCAAAAAUCGUGCUCCAUUCCAGGACGCCGUGGUGUUCAUGGUCGGCGGAGGCAACUACAUCGAGUACCAGAACCUGGUGGACUUCAUCAAACAGAAGCAAACGUCCAAUGUGCAACGGCGCAUCAUUUAUGGCGCUUCCACGCUGACCAACGCGAGGCAGUUCCUCAAGGAGCUCUCCGCCCUGGGCGGCGAGAUCCAGUCGCCGACGGCGACGAGUUAGGAGCGGCUGCUCCGAUUCCAUUGCUGCUGAGCGGAGUGGACCGGGUUUUGGUUGCAUGUGCAUGGGUGUCUGUGUGGCUUCUUUCGUUUACUUUAAGCAUAUCCAAAAAUAAAUUAAAUGCCAGGCAAAAAAGAGAAGCAAGCGAACGCAACGGCAGAGCCAGAGCUCAGCACUCGGCAAUUACUCCAACCUGACGCUUAAUCCCCGAAGGACAACAAGCAAAAACAUGCGUAGCCUCGUGUACAACAAGCCCAGGGAGCUGGUGCCAGAGCUGCUGGAAUGGGAGCUUGGCGGCGGGCAGGGGUACUCGCAUUCUAGGCACCCAUUAACACCAACUUGGCAACGCUUUGAUGGACAGCUGACAGACAACCAGUCAACGGCUGAGGCGAUGAUGGCCCAGCCAUCCCGAUGCCCGCUGCCUUCGGCGGCGGUGCCACAAUUAUGGGGCGACAACUAUGCGCGGCACUUGGGGACAGGCGCAGAAGCUGGCAGGGACAGCACCCAGCAAUUAGCACUAUCCCUGGCCAACUAUGAAUGGAUCGAGGCGAGGCAAGUCGCUGUCGAUGGCAUAGCCAGCGCACUGGAGCACUAGGCGCAUUUUUUCGAAGCACUGCAGCUCUGAUUGAAUGUCGCUUCCUUGGGAGACGGGCAGGCAGCCUGGCAGCCAGGCAGGCCAAGUCCAUCAAAGAAGAGCGUUAAAUUAUCCCUGAAAGCCCAUCUUUGGUUUGAAUUGGUGUUGCAAGAAAAGAUGAUGUAAAUGAAAAUUCUAACAAGUAGGAAAAAGAAGUGGCAGGAAAAGGAAUGUUUUAAGAACCUUAUUAACCGAUACCAAAUUAUAGAAAUCAAUUGUAAAAACAACGAUAGAGAAUGUUUAUAGAAUUGAUUCUACAGAUUGGCCAAUGUAGUAAAGUAAUAAAAUCUCUAAGAUUUUCCUCAAUUUAAUGGCAUUUGACCAGCGAAAUGCUGAAAUUUUCCCCAUGAAAUGAAAAAGCUCGAACUGAAAAUAUUUCCAAUGACAUUCAGGCCACUGUAGGAAGUUUCCCGAGAUAAGCGGCAAACAAAUACCACAAAAAAUGAGUAAAAUAUGGUGGAGAAAAAAGCGAUCCGUGGGCUAAUUAACACUUUUGGUAAAUCAGAAUUGAUGGCCCUGAUGAAAGGCCGAAGAAGAGAUGAUGACGAUGACGAUGAUUAUUCAUGGAGCGUUGAGUUUAAAUAUUGGUUUUGGUUGGGCAGCCGGGCAGGGGUUGGGUUACUAUCCAGACUACCCGUGGCCACAAUUUAAAUGUUAACAUAAACAAGAGCAAUUUAACAAAAGCCCAAGACCCAAAAAAAAAUCCAAGAGACUCGAAAAAAAAAAUAAAUAAAUAAAAGUACAGGGGAAACGAAAAGUCGAACUCCCAGCCAGAAACUGGUAACCCAAAGUGAUUUCACGGGUGGUCCGAAAAGAUGCGGCUCAAACAAAUCAUAAGGAAAAAAUGAGAGGGAAAAACGACUACAGAAACUAACAACGAGAACGCAACAUGAAAGAAAUUCUUAACUUGCCACAUGCAUGAAUCGAUUAUGUGGUAAAUGCAACUGUCGCUGUAUGCGUGAGUAUCUGUGUGGUGUGGAUCUCGUAGCCAGCGCAGCUCCUCCGCCGUCGAGACCCAAAAAUCGAGAAAAAAAAUAAAAUGGUCAGGCAGCCGUUUCCCACAUUCCUGCUGUGAAUCAUAAUGGCUGCCGCUGUCGUCGUCUUGCUGGAUGAUUCUGCCGGAUCCGACCGACCCGCCCGAUCCGCUCGCUCAGCGCCCCAGCCGCCCAAUCUCCGCCAGCACACCGACACACACUCGCCGACAUCCCAUACAUAUAUCAUAAUCUUAACAACUCUUAACAAGGCAGAACAAAUUCCAAAAUUCGAGGAGCCCGACUCGAACAGCCAGUCAGGCAGUCGGACGAUCCCACAAAAUGAAGUGCCAGCCAGACAGAGAAGGCGAUCUUCAGACACAGCUUCAGCUUUAGCUUUGGGUUGGGAUCUUUAGACCCAAUGAAUGGACUCGAAGUGGAGAGUCUGCUGAGAUCUGGUCAGAUAUGUGGGUUCAUAUGGGAGGGCAUAACCCUUGUGGUUUUGAUGGUUUUUAUAAGCGCAAUAUAAGUUUUUCCCACUCUUAUU